UUUACCAUGCGUAGCUUCUCGGGGCCGUGUGCCCCACGACAGGUACCACAAGUGCCUUCAAAGACCAUCUUGACCGGACCCUCGCUGUUCCCAACGAUCACCUUAUCUUCCCGGGGAUCGUCAGAUCCCAGCUCGAAUGUCAGCGCGGACUCGAUAAUUCACGCGUCGCCAACGAAGCAGUCUUUAAUUUGGUGCAGUCCUCCCGAAAUUCUGGAGGGAAAGGAGAGGACAGAGGAUGAGCCCAGAGUUUAUUUGGAAGCCGGUGACCUUUGGAGACAGUUUCACAAAUACGGCACUGAAAUGGUCAUUACAAAAUCUGGCAGGCGCAUGUUUCCGCCGCUCAAGGCCAGGUGCACCGGCAUGGAGAUGAAAGCCAAAUAUAUCCUUCUGAUGGACAUCGUGACGGCUGAUGACUGCAGAUAUAAGUUUCAUAACUCCCACUGGAUGGUGGCCGGGAAGGCGGACCCGGAGAUGCCCAAACGCAUGUACAUUCACCCGGACAGUCCGGCCACGGGCGAGCAGUGGAUGUCCAAAGUGGUCAGCUUCCACAAACUGAAACUGACUAACAACGUAUCGGAUAAGCACGGAUUUACAAUUCUCAACUCGAUGCACAAAUACCAGCCGAGAUUUCACAUAGUGAAGACAAACGACAUUGUGAAACUGCCGUACAGUACCUUUAGGACAUAUGUCUUUUCUGAGACAGAAUUCGUCGCAGUAACAGCCUACCAAAAUGAUAAGAUUACACAGCUGAAAAUAGACAACAAUCCUUUCGCGAAGGGCUUCCGAGACACGGGCAACGGAAGACGAGAAAAGAGGAAACUACAGCAAUCAUCCCAAAAGUCUAAAGAGAUGACUGACGUGGACCCUGUAAAAGCUUCAUCUGUGCAAUAUUCAGACAAUUCUAAAUCUUCAGAUGCUCAUGAAAGCGACAGCGACAGAGAUUACCACGUUGAGGACAAUCCUGGAGAAGCGGUGCAAAGACAAAGAACAAAAACUGAGCCAGAGGUUUCCAUAACAGAGUGGACGAGCCAGACUCCAGUUGUGGCACAGAGAGAGACGGACCCCAGACAAGGCCAAGCCACCAGUACAUUAACCAAUAGAGUGUGUUGCUGUGAGCCACGAGACUCAAAGAAGGAGCAACUGUGCAAAUCAUGCAGUGAUUUUUCACACAGCUGUGUUUAUCCACUGGAAUUACACAAACAUGUGCGGGAUCCAAGGAUGCCCAGCAGUCUUCUCCACUCAACACAGAUAAACACCUGGAACAGCUGUGGCUCCGUGGACAGAGCAGUGCCAUGCGGACUGAGCCUGGCACCGCUUGUCAGGACUCCACGAACUCCAGGUUUUCCCAUCAGCCCUCAAAGGCCCCCUCUGGACCUGGUGCGGCUUUCACAUUUUGGAGGGGUUCUGUUUUAUCCCUACUCCGGCUUGUCUGCAGGAUCAGCCCAGUACCUUGUCCCACCAGUGCAGUCUAGAGUGGACUUUAGAGCCUAUCCAAGCGUCCACAGUUGGGACUACUUCACCUCUCCAAUAACAUCUUCAUCUGUUCCUCUUGUGGGUGGUAGUGGAUUGAAAUAUCUUACCCCUGACUUGGUUUUGCUGACCAAAACAAGCCAGAAAGAUGAAGAUGAAACUGACUGCAGUCAAGAAGAGACACAGACAGUUUGAAAAUACUGACUUGAGAGUGUUUACUAACUAAAGGCCGUAGUCUUCUGGGAGUGACUCUAAGCGUACUUUGGUGUAAAACCUAUGUAAGUCCCAAACUUCUGCAUCUUAUUGUCAACAAGGCUGAACCACUGUGGCACAAACACUGUUUUAUUUCAAGGAAUGUAACAUAGCUUGUGAAUGAUAUCUGAAGUGGGGACUUAAUUGAAAUUAGGUGCUGCUUGUUGUAUGAUAAGGAUGUUGAACAGCACUUCUCAUUUCAGAAAAUGUUUUACUUUUAAACUCAGAAACAUUUAACAGACACUGUCCCUCUCUGGGAGACAACAUUCAGUUUGUUUGUUUAGUCUGAAUGCUGUACAGUAACGAUUAUAUAUCAGAAUUGAAAAAAAAAUUACCAAUUCCUGUUCAUUUUUUUUACAGGGCAGAUGGCUUUGCCCAUGAAGUGCUAGAAUUCUGCUAAUGUAUGCUGAUUGGUUAGUUAAAGAUUUACGACUAACAGCCUGAUGUUAUGGUAGGCUUACUUCAGUUAUCAUUACAGGAACAUAACCACAACAAUACGGUUUCAGUUUUGAGUAUUAUAGACCUUAUGCAUUUUCGUAACGAUAGCUACAGCAGACGUUAGAAGUGUGGUUAAAACAAAACACAAACUUGGUGCUUGACUGAUGCCUGACACCAGAAUGGUGAAUGUUGUAAACGUAAAGAUAUUUCAUCACAAAAAAGCUGCAAAAAUUAAAUCUAAUGGAACUGUAUCUAUUGUCUCUAUUGCUUAUACUGAAAACAUAAAGACAAUUUGCAGGCAAAAAAAAAUUACACCAUAAAAGUUACAUUUUAGAUCUACAGCUCCAUAAACCCCCAUUCAUUUUGGACUAUCUUGCGAGCGCCUCCUACAUAACCGGAAGUGUAAGAAAGUGGGAAUUCUUCCCAUAUUAGAGUUUCAUUGGCAAGGUGUCCGUCCAUUAGCGCUGGUCUGUUUUUACUGAAUCGAAUCAUUCACUCUCGAACAGUAAAUUGAACGAAUCUUUUUUGAGUCAUUUCAUUCAUUUCGUUUAUUUUUACAGCAGGUGGCACUGUAGCCCUCUUGUGGGCGUUGUAAAAAGGGCCGCAGUUCACAAACACUAAAUAGAGAAGGCAACAUGGUUUGCU